UCUCUCUCUCUCUCUCUCUCUCUCUCUCUCUCUCUCUCUUGCUCUUUCUCUCUCUACACCGCCAUGCGAAAGCCCCAUCUCCGCCUCUCGCUCCUCGUCUCAUGCGUUUCCCUCCUUUGGAUCGCCGCGUUCGCCACCCCUCCCCCUCGGGAAUCGCUCGGAAUCGCUCCGCAAGAUGAGAACUACUUUAGAUCCAGCGUGAUCAAAUGCAAGGACGGAUCCAAGCAGUUCACCAGGGAUCAGCUCAACGAUGAGUUCUGCGAUUGCCCCGAUGGAACCGACGAACCUGGAACAUCGGCGUGCCCAGGAGGGAAAUUCUAUUGCCGCAAUGUGGGUCAUGCUCCCCUCACGAUCUUCUCGUCCAGAGUGAAUGAUGGAAUAUGCGAUUGUUGCGAUGGGACUGAUGAAUAUGAUGGCAAGGCCAACUGCCAGAAUACAUGCUGGGAGGCUGGAAAAGCAGCGAGGGAGAAAUUGAAGAAAAAGAUAGCAACUUUUAAAGAUGGGGUUGCUAUUCGGAACCAGGAGGUCGAAAAGGCGAAACAGGCAUUUGCUAAAGAUGAAGCAGAGUUAGCUAAACUUAAAAAUGAAGAGAAAAUACUUAACGGCCUGGUGGAGAAGCUUAAAGAACAAAAAGAACGAAUAGAAAAGGCAGAGGAAGAAGAACGCUUAAAGAAAGAGAAGGAAGAAAAGAGGCUAAAAGAAGAAGCUGAAAAGCAAGCCAUCGAAGAUAAGAAAGCAACUCAGGAUUCUCAAGAGGGAAAUGUUGAUGCGACUCUUGAAAAAUCGUCAGAAGUCCAAUUACAGGAAGGAAAUGAUCACAGAACCGAAGUUGAAGAUGGAAAUAAUCAAGAAAACACCAAAUCUGAUGAAGGAGAUGAGGUUGACGAUCAAGGAAAUAUCGAAUCGUAUAUUGGAGAUGAUGAACCAAUUGAUGGGUUAUCUUCUACCCCUACACUUGAAGAGCAUGUAGUGGAAAGCGAAGAUGACAACAUGAUCAAGGCUGCUAGUAGAGAUGAUUCUGCAGCUAAGGCGGCUUCUAAAACAUCAGAGGAACAGGAUCAUGCUCCUCUUGAUACCGAAGGCUUAUCGAAAGAGGAACUAGGUCGACUGAUAGCUUCUCGCUGGACUGGUGAAAAUGUUGCGCCAAAAACAGAUGAAGUAAGAGAGAAUGCCAAAGAGGAAGGAGAUGAAUAUAGGCUGGAUACUGAAAUACCAGAGCCUGCAGAGGAGAGUUACGAUGGAUAUAAUUCAGAAACUGAUGAAGAAGCAAACAGGUAUGAGGAGGAUGACUUCGAGGAUGAACGAGAUGAGGAAUACAAUGAAGACCAUAUUGAUCCUGCUGACUCUUAUUACAGUGAUGAAGCAGGCAAAAGUGACCAUUCAGAUUUGACUGAUUCGGGGGGUUCAUCAUGGCUGGAAAAGAUUCAGCAAAAGGUGCAAAGUGUUCUUCAAGCCUUUAACUUUUUCAAGACCCCAGUGGAUCUAUCAGAGGCUUCUCAUGUCAGGAAGGAAUAUGAUGACUCCAGUUCAAAGUUGUCCAAGUUACGAUCGAGAAUUUCCAGCUUGACGGAGAAGCUAAAACAUGAUUUUGGUAAGGAGAAAGAAUUCUACUCCUUUUAUGACCAAUGCUUUGAGAGCAAGCAGAACAAGUAUGUUUACAAAGUCUGUCCGUUCAAAAAAGCAUCCCAGAAUGAAGGCCACAGUUCGACUCAAUUGGGGCGGUGGGACAAAUUUGAGGAGUCUUAUCGCAUCAUGCAUUUUUCUAAUGGAGAUAGAUGCUGGAAUGGCCCCGACAGAAGCCUAAAGGUCAGGCUUAGAUGUGGAUUAAAGAAUGAGCUAACUGAGGUUGAUGAACCGAGCAGAUGCGAAUAUGUGGCUAUACUAUCAACUCCUUUGCUAUGUUACGAAGAAAGGCUAAAGGAACUGCAGCAGAAAUUGGAUGACAUGAUGAGGCAACCCUCAACUCAUGAUGAACUCUAGGUCAUUCUCCUGGGGAGGCUUUUGAGAGAAGCAAUUUUAGAGACUUCGAGGUUGAACAAUUUGAUAUUGGUUGGUUGCGACGAAGUGGCCUCCACAUAGUUAAAAUAGUUUUUUGGGCUCACUUCAUGCCAGGUAGUCUAAUUUUACCUCCCUUUCAGAAGAAAUGCUGGUAUAGAUGGAGAUAGUGAGCCAAUUCGUUUUGUUAAUUUAUCCCAAAAGAUCCUAAUUUAUCCAAAAGAUCCGACGAUGCUCUUAUUUAAACAUUGUAUUUGGUUACAGUAUCAUUAGCGAAACUGUACGAUUGUUUCUGAUUUUGCAAUCAUUUAAUUUAUCUGAUAAACUAGUGUUGCUAAA